GUGCCAGUGAUCCAUUAAGAAGAAGAAGAAGAUGACACAGACCAGCAAGGCCACCUUCUGCCCCCUGUGUCAGAAGCUCUACUCCGCCUUCAACCAACACCUUGAAAGGGGGCACAAGAUAAAAAAUAAAACUGAGAGGGAUAUCCUCAACAAGAUGGGGAACGGAAGAAUUAAAAUAAGGACAGAGUCCUGCACUGUUCCAGGCUGCCCCUAUAAGGGCAGCCGGCUUGAUAAACACCUCGAUAAUGGCCACAAGGAGCUGAGCGCUCAGGAGAGGGCGGCUUUUAUUAAGGAGGCGAAGCUGGCCAAGGGCAAGGCCAGCCUUGCUGAACUGAGGGCCUCAAACCCGCAGGUCCCAAUGGUGUCCACACUGGACAUAGACGUCACCGAGGGAGAUGACAUGGGGGUCCGUCCGGACGAAGAAGAUGAAGAAGAGGAAGAUACAUGCCCCCAAUGCUCCGAGACCAAGAGGCAAUUGAAGGACCUGACGCUGGAAGUGAAGACUCUGAAGGCUCAAAACAACACCCUCACCCGGGAGCUAGCCACAUCAAGGAGGAAAAAUAGACUCCUAAUCAGAAGGCUGGGGAAGAUUAAGGGAGAACAGCCAAUGGAGAGCACCUCCUCCGACGAAUCCGAUGAGGCUAUGGAGCCUGAGCCUGAGCCUGAGCCUGAGCCUGGGCCAUCCGGCAUCUCAAAGCCGGCCAAGCCGAAGUCCUCCGAGUCCUCCAGGCCGAAGUCCUCCGAGUCCUCCAGGCCGAAGUCCUCCGAGUCCUCCAAGCCGGAGUCCUCCGAGUCCUCCAAGCCGGAGUCCUCCGAGUCCUCCAAGCCGGAGUCCUCCGAGUCCGCCAAGCCGGAGUCCUCCGGGUCAAGACCGUCCACCUCCGGCUCUGCAGAGGAGCCGCAAGACUAUCAGAAAAAUAAAGUUCCCCGAUUCGAUGGAAGACUACCUGAAAGAGUAUCAAGGCUAUCAAGCGGGGGCGGCCAACACAGGCAGGUCCCAGGAGACGGCCUUGUCCAAGGUGUCGCGGGUGCUGUCUUUUCUCUAUUUUAUGACCCACAAAAAAUCUGA